UGUGUCUCUGAUUAACUCUGUCGUUCUGGAGGUAAUCGAUCAUUGUGAUUUGGUAAUUUGGUGUAUAACUGACAUUAUCUACCUGAUCUUUAAGACAUAUGCCUGAGAAUAUUGGAUAGAGAUGAUUUGAGAAUCUAGCAGCUGUGUCGUUCAAUCUAAAUAUCUUAUUCACGUGUAAUGUCUUCUUCUUCCACCAUUUUAAGUACCGUGGUAUCGAUUGUUCUAGGUAAUAUAAUAGCCGCUGGAGCAUUAUUGUCAGGGAAGAGCUACCGUUAGAUAAUGUGACAUGCAAGUGAUUUUUUUAAUCUCGUAUCCUCUUGCUGGAAAGAAGAUUGUUUUUCCUGUUAUCUUCGUUCUUUGCUGUAGGGAGGUUUUUCUUUCCCUUCAUUUUUUCCUUGAAUACUGUUUGCAAAAUAUUGGGAAUUCAUUUGUUGUGCUCACUCUGUGCGAUGUCAUGUCAUCUACAACUCUAGAAUGCCUGUCGGAUGACUGGGAAGUACAUGGAUAUCUUUAUUUUGUUAGUUUCAUGUGACUAUGGAACGGAAGCUGAUAACUGGUUGAUUGUAUGUAUGCUGCAGAAAUACGAUGAGUUCCAAAGAAGCCGUUGCAAAUUGCCUUGGAUGGGCAGCAAGAGAUCCCUCUGGAGUUCUAUCCCCAUACAAAUUCAAUCGCAGGACUCUUGGGAAAGAUGAUGUUUUCAUAAAGAUCACACAUUGUGGAGUUUGUUAUGCCGAUGUGAUUUGGACAAGGAAUAAACAUGGUGACUCAAAAUAUCCUCUAGUACCUGGACAUGAGAUUGCUGGAAUUGUACAAAACGUUGGUUCCAACGUCCAUCGAUUCAGUGGGGAUCAUGUUGGAGUGGGAACUUAUGUGAAUUCAUGCCAGGAUUGCCAAUAUUGUAAUGAUGGAUUAGAAGUUCAUUGUGUUAAGGGAUCAGUUUAUACUUUUAAUGGGGUUGAUGUUGAUGGCACGAUCACAAAAGGAGGAUACUCCAGCAACAUAGUAGUCCAUGAAAGGUAUUGCUUCUUGAUACCCAAAAGUUAUCCAUUGGCUUCAGCAGCUCCUUUGCUUUGUGCUGGUCUUACUGUCUAUUCUCCUAUGAUGCGCCACAAGAUGAAUCAACCUGGCAAGUCUCUAGGAGUGAUUGGCCUGGGCGGCCUUGGUCAUAUGGCAGUAAAAUUUGGGAAGGCUUUUGGGUUGAAUGUAACAAUUUUCAGCUCAAGUGCGUCCAAAAAAGAGAAGGCCUAUAGUCUGCUUGGUGCUGACAACUUUGUCGUUUCCUCUGACCAAGAGCAGAUGAAGGCAUUGGCCAAAUCUUUCGACUUCAUAAUUGACGCUGCAUCUGGUGAUCACCCGUUUGAUCCUUACAUGUCACUUUUGAAGGUCUCCGGGGUUCUAGUGUUGGUGGGGUUUCCAAGUGAGAUUAAAUUAAGCCCCGCAAGCCUUAAUCUGGGUAUGAGAACCAUCUCUGGAAGUGUUACAGGUGGCACAAAAGAAACGCAGGAGAUGAUUGAUUUCUGUGCUGCAAAUAAAAUUCACCCAACCAUAGAAGUGAUUCCAAUCGAGUACAUAAAUGAAGCUCUUCAGAGGGUAAUAAAUAAGGAUGUGAAAUAUAGGUUCGUGAUAGAUAUUGAAAAAUCUUUAAAGUAGAACUGAGGACUAUCUUUCUCAAAUUAGACAUGGACGAUCUUCAGCUUUAAAACCUUGUCAGUUAUAUCUUGGAGCUAGCAAUGAAUAUAUAGUUCAUUGUACAUAACUAUGUCCUCUGCUGAAUUUUGAACUUGUGUGUGUGAUCCUCUCGGCAAUGAGGAGAAGAAUAAACUCUGGAAGUCUUUUUGUUAUAGCAAUGAAAAUGUUCUUACUUGAGAUCGAAUUUAAGGGAUUGUAAGAUUUGGAUUAUUUGAUUCUAAUAGCUUACAUCUGCUGUCAACUCGGUC